GUUUUAAACUUGAGCAGCGCUGAGUCUUCUUCUUCAGUGCUGCACGCUCUGCUCUGUAGCUAAUCAUAACAUGCUCAGCUAACAAACCACAACACGCCCAGCUACAACAGCACUUUAAAGCCUCUAUUUACUGUCAGGGCCCGUGUAAAACCUUCAUCUACGGGGCAGCUCCACGUCUGUGCGCUUGGGUAGUUUAGAGUUGAUAUAAAGACUGUUUUUCUUGGAGAGGUUGAAUAUUCAUGGAAAGCCGGGAGCUAACCAGAAGUUUGAACAGCUUGAGACAAACAGCAUCUUAAAACUUCUAAAAGGAAUGACAAGACUGGGCCUGUGAUGUAGCCGUGUCAUUGCACAUUGCAGUGUUUUUCUGACACUUUAUCCGGGAGUGAUGGAAGAGGACACUCCAACACUGAAGCCCAGGCGCAUCCAGAAUCAAAAUGUGGUUCAUCGCCUGGAGAGGAGGAGGGUGUGUUCAGGCAGACCGGGGGCUCACUGGUACAGAGUGCGCUGCUUUCACCAAAACCUCUUCCCUAACUUCACUGUGGUAAAUGUGGAGAAGCCCCCAUGUUUCCUCAGGAAGUUUUCCCCCGAUGGGCGCUGUUUUAUCGCCUUCUCCUCUGAUCAGACAUCCCUGGAGAUUUAUGAAUACCAGGGCUGCCAGGCGGCUCAGGACCUGCUCCGAGGUCAGGAGGGAGAGACAUUGCUCACAGCCAAUGACCAGCGCUCGCUCAACAUCCGCGGGCGUCUGUUUGAGCGCUUCUUCUCUCUGCUCUACGUCACAAAUGUGGCCUCAAACGGAGAGCAUCUUAACAGAGAGUGCAGCCUCUUCACUGAUGACUGUCGCUACGUCAUUGUGGGCUCAGCCGUCUAUGUACCAGAGGAUCCACCGCCAUAUUUCUUUGAGGUGUACAGGAACAAUGAGUCUGUGACCCCUAAUCCCCGCUCCCCUCUUGAAGACUACUCCCUGCAUAUCAUUGACCUCCAUACGGGACGGCUCUGUGACACCAGGUCCUUUAAGUGCGACAAGAUAAUUCUAUCCCACAACCAGGGUCUCUACCUCUACCGCAACAUCCUGGCUGUGCUGUCAGUGCAGCAGCAAACCAUUCAUGUUUUUCAGGUGACUCCAGAGGGGACCUUUUUGGACGUUCGGACCAUCGGCCGCUUCUGUUACGAGGAUGAUCUGCUCACUCUCUCAGCCGUUUACGCUGAGGCUCAGGCAGAAAGCCAGCCCGGAUUUCCUCGCCUCUACACAGACAAAACAAUCAACUCCCUCAAACACAGGCUGCUGGUUUACCUGUGGAGGAGGGCCGAGCAAGACGGGAGCGCCACAGCCAAGAGGAGAUUCUUCCAGUUUUUUGAUCAGCUGAGGCGUCUCCGGAUGUGGAAGAUGCAGCUCCUGGAUGAGCAUCACCUCUUCAUUAAAUACACCAGCGAAGACGUGGUCACGCUCCGAGUCACCGACCCCUCACAGCCAUCUUUCUUCGUAGUGUACAACAUGGUGUCCACAGAGGUGUUGGCGGUCUUUGAGAACACUUCAGAUCAGCUGCUGGAGCUUUUCGAGAAUUUCUGUGACCUCUACAGAAACGCCACCCUCCACAGUCAAGCCGUACAAUUCCCCUGUUCUGCCUCUUCCAACAACUAUGCCCGCCAGGUCCAGAGAAGAUUUAAAGACACCAUAGUAAAUGCCAAGUAUGGUGGCCACACAGAGGCGGUGCGGCGACUUUUGGGUCAGCUGCCAAUCAGCGCACAGUCCUACAGCAGCAGCCCCUACCUCGACCUCUCACUCUUCAGCUACGACGACAAGUGGGUGUCUGUGAUGGAGCGGCCCCGCACCUGUGGAGAUCACCCCAUCAGAUUUUACGCCAGGGAUUCAGGACUGUUGAAGUUUAAGAUCCAGGCUGGUCUGCUGGGACGUCCUGUGAACCAUGCAGUGCGGCGCCUGGUGGCUUUCACCUUCCACCCAUUUGAACCCUUCGCCAUCUCUGUCCAGCGCACCAAUGCUGAGUAUGUGGUCAACUUCCAUGUGAGACACGUGUGUGCGUAAGUGUACAAACUCACUGGCCCCUGUACAUCUCAGAGUGACAAACAUGGCUGUGUGGAGCUGGGAACUUGUUCUACUGCAGAAGAAUCGUUGGCUCUUGUCCUGCUUUCUCUGGACGCAAACCACUGUUCUCUUUUGCCUUCCAUCAAACAGUGGUCACUCAGCCACCAGCCUCCUCCCUCCAACAGCAAGGCAGCAAUUCUGCCUUUUCCUUUCGUCUCACCACUUUUCCUCCUCUUCCCCCCUUCCUCGGCAGAACAAAGAGGAGCUGUAGGAAGGAGAGACUGGAAUAAGUGUAAAUGGGGAUGUAGAGAGAGUGAUUGAUGUGCCACGGAGGUGGCAACUGCAGGUAGUCGGACCUCUCAGAAGGAGCCAAAGGUGCUUUCUUUCUCCAGCGUGCACUCAAAGCUGCACAUUCUGAAUGAUUUCUGCGGUUGGUCCAACACCAGCUCGCCACUAAACUUUUCCAUAAAAGCAGAUGCGAUUUUAUAUUGUACAGUUUUAUACUUUUUUAAAUAUGUCUAAUAUUAUAAUAAACAGUUGUGUUCAUGUUUUUAUUAUAUUAGAGUUGCAUCCAUGCACAGGGUUUCUGUAAAAUAUUGAAAGUGUCAGAAGCAAUAUACUUAUGGGUGAAUAAUUACUCCAGGUAAAUACAUUUUAUGCUUUGAUUAACAUUACUAAGAUGAAGUGGUAACUUGCCUUGACAGAGAUUGUGUCUUUGUGCUUUCAUUAGCUCAGCUCAGUUACCACUGAUAUUCUACUGCUAUAAAAAAAAAAAAAUCCCAAAUUGCAAUAGAGAAGCUUAUCAUCAUUUGCGUUUGCUGUCUGUUUGAACAAGCCUUGGCAGUCCCAAAAGCCAGGCGUUGUACAAGCUUGACAGACAGAUUUAUUGUACAUAAACAAAACAGUUGACAACAUCCUCAACCGUAUUGUCAGUCGAUUUAUGAAAUUAUAAAACCUCAGGACGUCCUUUACAACAAAUGAAUUGGUGGAAAUAACCUGCAUCUUCAAUCACAGUACAUCUGCCAUCCCACCUCUCUACUGUGACAAAAUAUCAAUCCAUAAUGGGACUAUUUUACACAUAAGGUCCAUCUGUUGUGAACACUACAACCACUGGACAUCUGUUCUACCACAACGUGUCAUCUCAAACACAUUUCAACAAAUAUGGAAAUGUAAGUAACACCCCAAAAGGUGCUAAUAGAUGAACGCAAUAGGUGAACAUGCAUUAUAC